AGAAAAAAGGGUUUCACGAGAGCUCCCCCGGUUUAUUCCUCUCAAAGGAGGGAUUGCUGUCACAGAACCUGGCAACUUCAACUCUCAUACAGCCCCAAUCUGUAAACAAGCGAAGGACCCGGUGCUGUGAGCUAAAGCUGACCGAAGUAACGUCCUCCUCUGUCAGCCCAUCUGUAUCUUCAAUUUCCUUUUUCAGUCCAUAAUAAUGCCAGCGACCUGACCCAUGGAACCUCCCAGUGGCUGCUUAAGUCAACCUUUUCUGGAUCUAGAUCAUGAAUGACAAACUGGUCUUCCUUGGACUGCUGUAUUUCGUCCAGGGCAUCCCCUAUGGUCUCCAGUCCUCUCUGCUUCCUCUCUAUCUGCGUGGAGCUGGUCACUCCCUUACCCGCAUAGGGUUCACCAAGAUCCUCUACUUUCCUUGGGUACUCAAGGUACUGUGGGCCCCUUUGGUGGACCGGGUCGGCACCAAGCGUCGGUGGGUGGUGGCGACGGUGUGUGGCCUUGCUCUGACAUGCCUCAGCAGUGCUGCUCUGGCCCCAGAGGCACAUAUCUGGGGGGUAGCUGGAACCCUUUUGGCAAUGAACACCCUAGCGUCUGUUCAGGACAUUGCUGUAGACGGAGCUGCUGUGGGGCUGCUGAAAGGACGUGGGGAGUUGGGGUUGGGUAAUACAGCGCAAGUUGUAGGCUAUAAAGCUGGGUCAGUGUUCGCAGGAGGCGGACUACUGGCUGUGAUCGAUGUGGCUGGAUGGAGCUGGAUGUUUGUGCUGCUGACGUUUGUAUACUCAGGGAUGGCCCUGUUUGUGUGGGGGACCCCAGUUCUGGACCAUGAGACGGUUCGGGGCCAGCAGGCGGAUGGCACCAAGAGAGGAGGGCAAGGAGGUGAAGCCUUGAGGCCAUGGAGGAUUUGGAGGAAACUGCUGGCGGUUCCUGGGACACCGUGGACAGUCCUGUAUGUGCUCACCUACAAACUAGGUGAGCAGGGAGCAGUUACCAUGUUUCCUCUCUUCCUGCUGGAUCAUCACAUGACGGCAAGAGAGCUUGGCUUCUGGAAUGGGGUGAUCUCAAUGGGCUUCUCCAUCUGUGGGUCUUCUCUGGGAGGUCUACUUCUUGCACAGUUCAGCAUUGGGGCUCUGAUGCGACGUGUGUUUGUGCUGCGAACCAUCAGCAUGGUCUUCCAAAGCUCUCUACUCACCGUGCUAGAGCCAUCACCACUCAUGAAAGGUAUGGCAGUCCUGAGCAUGAGUGUUCAACACUUCCUAGGUGGACUGAUCACCACUCUCACCUUCACUACCAUGAUGCAUUGCACUCAGAGGGCAGAGGAAAGCAUUCAGGCCACCCACUACAGCUUUCUAGCGACUCUAGAGGUGCUGGGGAAGCUGAUGUUCGGAGCGCUGGCUGGAGGCCUGGUGGACUGGUUCGGGUUCCAAGUAGCUUUUCUGUUCUUUCUCAGCCUCUCUGCAGGGACAGCUCUUCAUGUGUGGACAGCUACUUUCACCGGGGCUCUUCGAGAGCACCAGCUGAAAGAACAGCCCAAAUAAAACCAUACUGGAAAGGUUCUGAUCCAAUGCAGAAGAUGAUGCAUAACAAUUGUAUUUUAAACUUGACUGUGAGAACUUCAAGAAGAAAACAGGAUUCUUAAAUCUCAAUUUAGUUUUUUUUGUGGUUUUAUUGCCAAAUUGGGUUUAACAUAAUAGUUUUCAUUUAAAUAAGUCUUAAUAACGUUUUGAAUUUUCUUUGUAGGUUAGCAUUAGUAUUUUAAUAAUAGCUAUUUAGCCACAAAAAAUCCAACCACAAGAGCAAAAUUUAGCUAAUUUUGUGUUUUUUUGCAUCCUAGUAAUUAUGAAAGAACACAAUUCAAAGGCCUCUUAAAUACUAUAUACAGCUUAAGUAACCUGAGCUUGAAAGAUCAAAGUUAAGUGACUCCAGUUUAGUAGAAGUCUACAAAAAAGGGAAUAGGGAAAAAGGAUGUGUUCCUAUUAUGGGAGAGGGUUCAAGCAUUUGAUGAUAGUUUUUCCAUAUUAUGGUUGUUAGAAUUUUAGUUCUCUUUUAUUAAAACAUAGCAUACUUUUUUCAAAGUAGCACAACAAAAGCACAAAGAAUGGCCACUAAAGUCAACAUUCACUUUUUGACUCUAAAAAAACAUAAAUAUCCAAGAAUCAGUAAAGUCAAAGCAAUUUUUUAAAUGUUCAAUACCACUUUAAUAUCAUUAUAAGCCAUUAAUGAGUGAUACCAUUGUCCAGGUGAAUACUCGAUUCUGAUUGGCUGCUGGGUGUGGAUUAAAAAGUGAUAUACCACUGUGAUAACCGCACAGCUAAAAAAGAAGUUCCGGUCACAUAGCAUGAAUGUUCUAUAUCACUGUGCUGGCUUCUUUAAAACAAUGAAACAUCUGACAUGACGCUUUAUUUAUAACAUCAUGACGAUCGCUUUCCUUUGCCGCUGCAGUCGAGAUCGGAGGUUGGUGCAUGUUGUCACGGUAACACGACUCUCGCGCUCCACCACACCACGCAACAAAUAGUCAGCUUUUUGUGAAAAAAGCGAUCCAAACCAAAGCAAUAAGAAGAACUAAAGUACUGAAGUACUAAAAACUGGUUAAAUAUUAUUUUGUAAGUGACCAUGGUAUAAGCGGGUCAAUGGCCUUUCUAGUGUGCGCUAUCAGCAUUAAGUCACUUUGUGGAAGCAAAAAGUUGCUUCCACAUAGUGCGUUCAUUUCUGAUAAUGCACACUUCGUCGGCCAUUAACCCUUACAUCGCCCCUCUUCCCUGUUCAUUAUUUUUUCCAUGUUUUCCACACUUAAAUGUUUCCUAUCAUCAAACAGAUUUAAAUAUCAGUCAAAGAAAAUACAAGUAACAAUAAAAUGUGAUAACUUGCUAUGAGUCUCUCACAGCGCUGUGGAGGACUUUUAGCCUACUCAUCUUUGCACGAUUGUUGUAAUUCAGCAAAAUUGGAGGGUUUUCGAGCAUGGACUGCCUUUUUAAGGUCACGCCACAGUACUCAUUAGGAUAUUUUAUAAGGAAGUGUCACAUAUGUUCUUUUUCUGAAAUCCAGUGUUACUUUUAUGCCAGAGAUAAUGGGAUGCAGACCUUCCAAAAGGUUCAACUUUUGUCUCAUCAGACCACAGAGUAUUAUUACAAUAGUCUUGGGGAUUAUCAAGAUGUCUUUUGGCAAAAUUGAUGUGAGCUUUAAUGUUCUUUUUGCUCAGCAGUGGUUUUCGUCCUGGAAUUCUACCGUGCAGGUCAUUUUUACCCAGCGUCUUUCUGAUGCUGGAGUCAUGAACACUGACCUUAACAGAGUUGAGUGAGGCCUGCAGUUCUUUGGAUGUUGUUUUGGGAUCUUUUUUGACCUCUUGGACGAGUCUUCCCCGAACUCUUUGGGUAAUUUUCCUCGGCUGGCCACUCCUGGAAAGGUUCAAUACUGUUUCAUCCUUACUCCAUUUGUGUAUAACGGCUCUCACUGUGCUUCGCUGGAGUCCCAGAGCUUUUGAAAUGACUUCAUAACCUUUUCCACUCGUUAGAUCUCUAUUACUUUCGUUCUCAUUUGUUCCUGAAUGUCUUUAGACCUUGGCAUGAUGUCUAGGUUUUGAGGAUCUACUUUGCCUUAUCAGGCAGGUCUUAUUUAAGUGAUUGCUUGAUUGUAGACAGGUGUGGCAGCAUCAGGGUUGGGUGUGGCCAGAGGAUUUGAAGUCAGGUUUGAUAACCCACAGUUAAGUUAGGUUUUACCAGAAGGGACAAUCAGUUAUUCACACAGGGCAAUAAAGGUUUUUUAUUUUUUUUCCCUUUAAAAAUAAAAACAAUUAUUUUUAAAACUGCAUUUUUUUGUUACUUGUGUUGUCUUUGACUCAUAUUUAAAUGUGUUUGAUGAUGGGAAACCUUUAAGUGUGGAGAACAUGGAAAAAAGAAUACAUCUUGAUUACGGGAACAAACUUCCUCACACCACUGUAGCCAAAAGCUUUUUUGCUACACUUUUUGUUGUAUCUGUGUAGAAGUUAGUCAGUCUUUCAUGUUUUAUGGUUUACAGUUCAAAAAUGUAAAUCUCUGUUACCUCUUUUCUCUGGAUGGUACGUUGGAAAUGCACAGAAUGCACAGUAAAUGAACCAAACGAAAUAAUUGUUUCUCAGCUGUGAUUAAAAAUUAUUAUUCCAAUCAGUAGGUUUGCAUUUGCUGAGGCUUUGUCUGUAAAGGAAAGCGUUUAUGAAGUUCAGCAGUUGCAUAAAGAGCACUCAUGGAAGUAGUGAACUGCUUAUUGCAGGAGUCAAAUAAUCAUUUCUGUAAGUGGACAGAGUGGCAAAGUGAUUCUCCGCCUUACAUAGUGCAUGGUGCCAUCUUUUCUUUGUUUGUCUCAUUAAAAAAAAUGAAAACGUCCAUAUACAGUCACACUAGAUAAUACUGUAGUUCUUUUAUACAUGAAAAAAACUAAAGAUGUAAAAUUACAAAAUAUUUAGCCAAACCAUAUGGUAAUUAUUUAUCCCAGAAGAAAGUUCUUCCAGCAGUUUUAAAUACAAAUAGAAGCACUUUUUUUUAUUUAGAAGAAUGUAUAGAUCGAAUUUAAGUCUUACAUUUUUUCACUAUGCAGGUUCAAGCCAGCAAUUGUGCUGGUAUGCCAAAAUGAUUUAAAUAAAGGCAUUUCAAUAGGUUCAACUAAUUCAAACAGCUGGGCUUUUCAUCUAUUCAAAUAAUCGGUAGCAAAUAAGUCCAUGUUACAAAAUUGCCAAGCACAUCCUGGUCUCAGCUGGUAUGUUGCCUGAGAUGUUGAGAAAAUAAAGCUGUUCAAUGAAA